ACCUGUCACUUUAUUGUAAUUAGGGCAGCGGUGUAUUUGUUGCGCUGCUAAAAUACGCAAUAGAUACAAGAAAUAACACUAAACAUAAACAAAAAAGUGUUUAUCAGUGACUUUCAUUCACCUACCACACAUUCCGGUAUAUUCUGUAGACUGAAAACGUAACAGCCGCCAUCAUGGAUCAGCUACUGCAACAGGUUGCCACCAAUAUGGAGAAGCAGCUGGAUAGCGAGCUGGAGAGGCUGGAGACGAUGGAUACUAAUGAUCUGGAAGCCAUCAGACAGCAGCGCAUUGCCGAGAUGAAGAAGAGAGCCAAGUCCAAACAGGAGUGGCUGGCCAAUGGUCACGGCGAGUACACAGAGAUCGAUGGCGAGAAGGAGUUCUUCACAGUGUGCAACAAGAGCGAGAACGUGGUCUGUCACUUCUACAAGUCGGACACUCCUCGCUGUAAGAUAGUGGACAUGCAUCUGAAGCUGCUCGCCAAGAAACACAUCGAGACGCGGUUUGUGAAGCUCGAUGUCGAGAGGGCGCCCUUCCUUACCACCCGCCUGAAGAUCCGCAUGAUCCCCACCAUCGGUCUGGUGAAAGACAACAAGACUAAGGACUUCAUCAUCGGCUUCUCUGACCUCGGGAACAGAGACGACUUCACCACCGAGAUGCUGGAGUGGAGGAUAGCUAGAUCUGAAGCUAUAGAAUACUCGGGAGACCUGCUGGUCCCCCCCGCGGAGGCGCGCAAGCAGCGCAUCCUCAACAUACAGAGCAAGAAGACCAUCCGGGGACGCCCAGACUCAGACUCAGAUCUAGAUCUCAGCGACUAGCACUCAAUGUCUACACUAGCAUGUUUGUUAUAACUAAAUUAUUACGUCAGAUAUGUUUGCCAGGUAUAAAGAAAUAUUAAUAAUACCAGUCUAUUACAGACCCAAUGCUGGGUACAGGCGUCUUCCCGUAUAGGGAGGGACUGAUCACUGCUUUAUUCAAAAUUUUGAAAUCCAGGUUUCAUUACGAUGUUUUCAUUCACCGUUUUACAGUGGUGUCUUAAAAUUAGAAGAAAAUAACAUUCAAGUCACAUGCACAAAGACACCCAGACUCAGGACAAGCAUUGAUAGAUUACACAAAUGCUUGUACCGAGCAGGGAUUUAAUUCGCGACAUAUCGGGGUUUGGCGUACCAUGCUAUCCGAGCAGUCAAAAAAUCGAAAUUAAUUAAAGAUUCUAGAAUUACACGCAGUUAGCAAGCCUAGUGAUCAUUGCUAGUUCUAUGGUAGAGAAAAUCUCUCCUCUCACUUUAUACUCAAGCAAUUUUAAUGUUUUAUACACCUAGUAACACUAACAAAAUAAAGAAGACAUAUUUAUUUUAUAUUUUUCACGCUGUUUCAUCCGAAAAUUGUAUGAAUUCCAUUCCUUACGUCCUGGGGGUCUAACUACACGUCUUUAAAAUAAUAUUACUGUGUGUGAAAGUCUGACAAGCAGUCUUAACUAAGUUGUAUCGUGUUGCCCAGGUAACUGGGUUGAGGAGGUCAGAUAGGCAGUCGCUCCUUGUAGAACACUGGUACUUAGCUGAGUCCGGUUAGACUGGUAGCCGACCAUAACAUAGUUGGGAAAAGGCUAGAUUUUCUUGCGGAGGAUAGACAACAACUUUUAAUAUUACUUUAAAGGCGUGCGUUUAGAUCCCUUGCUAUAAUAACAUACCGCCUUUUGAUAAAAGUUCAAGUGUGAAUGGUGCUAAACGAUUGUAAGCUUUAUGUGAAUGAGAUAAAGUCUAUUUUUGUUUUGUAGUGUGUGUCCAGUGUUGCCAGUUACCGUAAUGGUAGUCCCGCUAGUUGUGUGUGUUUUGUUGUAAAUUAUAUAUUGAAGAUUGCAUAUUAUAUUGUGAUUAAACACUUUUUUAACAG